GCAGGGACAGGGGCGUUGGGGCGAGGAACAGCCCAGUAUAAACUUCACCGACAUCUUAUCCUCCUGUUUUCUUAUUCUGGACUGAUGAUUUUCUCUCUCACUUUCUGUUCCUGGAGUUUGACUCCAAUCUUUCUUUUGCACUUUUCUACCCCUAACUCUUCCUCCACAUCUAGAUCACUGACUCGACACAUUUGUGCAUCUUAGUUUCAGUCACAGCCUCUCAGCGGUCCCGACAAGUUCCGGCACAGGAAAACGUUGUGAUUCAACCAGACAGUUCGGCGGAGUGUGUUGCAGAAUCGACCUUGUUUUGACGCCGAAUAGAUAUUUUAUUUCAGACCUGAUAACGCUGCGGUGAACAGAGCACACAGACUACGUUUACAUGGACAGCAGUAAUCUAAUUAUUGACCUUAUUCUGAAUAAGACAAUAUUGUGAUUAAGGUGUUUAUAUGAGUCAUGUUUAGAAUACUAAUUUCAUGUUCAGGUUUUACACGUUAUAGAACACAGACCGAUUAACAGCACACGUCAUUACGUCACCGCGCCACGCCGUCCGACGUCCCUCCAGAAUUUCACGUAUCUACAUACAGUUGGUCUUCGUUAUGGCACCGUAUACAGUUUUGGGUGUUUUUAUUUUGAAUUUUACAGACACUUCAAGUGCAGUCAAUUAUUUGUCGUGUUAUACGUGCUAAUAGACGACUGCUUGAAACCGUGGGCUGCGUCCCAAACCGCACAUUUACAGAAAUACGUGAAUUUCACCUACUAUAUAGUAGGUAAGUACGCAGCCGUGCUCUCUUGUUUGCCUUCAACAGUUGAGCGCUGCCGUGUGUGUACAUGUCCUGUCGCACAAUGCGGUGAAAACUCCCACAUGAUGUUAAUAGUGUGAUUAAGGUGUGUACAUGUCCGUAACGCACGUCGAUAAUGCGACUAAAACAGGAAUACUCCACACGUCUUUAUUCCAUUUGUGUUUACUUCGAGUAUGACUUUAAUCAGAUUAAGGAAAUAAAAAAUUACUCUUUACAUGCUAGUUUCUUAAUCAGAGUAUUUUCUUAAUCAGGUUAAUGUCGGAUCAUUGUUGUCCGCGUAAACGCAGUCAGUAGUGAAUGCCGACUGAACACUGUAAAUUAAUUGGUGACUGAUUCUGACUAUAUAACUAAAACUAGACGUGAAGCGACGCCUCUUUGCUGUAUCCUAUAUGAAGGAAGAUUUCCAAAAAAAAGAGGACACAUCCGGGGUAAAUGGAACGUUUCUCAGAAAGUAAUUUGAGACCCUCCGGUUAAUGUGUGUCAUUAUCAGUGUGUGAACACAGAUCAUCUGAGUAACUGACGACAGGCCUGGGCGUGGUGUGUGUGUGUGUAUAUGUGUGUGUGUGUGUGUGCGUGUGUGUGUAACUUGAGCGGGUUUUAGUGUUAUGAGCCGAGUUGCUACAGACUGUUGGAUUUGUUUCGAGCACUCAGGGAUUAUUUUAUUGUCAGGGAUUAUUUUAUACACGACGUUCAGCCAUGGCGCGUGGCGGCUUCUUCCGGUUAGUGUUCCUCUCAGCGGGUUUUAUUCUCAAAGCUGCUGGUGACCUCCUGGUGCUUCAGCCCUCUAGCCUGGUGGUGGAAUAUGGCAGUCAAGCCUCAGCUAACUGCUCCACUACCUCCAGCCAUAAAGGAAUAGGCUGGGAAGCCUCAGAGGGAGCAGUGGAUAUGGUACAAACCGUCCGGCACCUUACGUGGACAGUGCCGAGCGUUACACACUGGGAUAUAAAGGCACUGUGCUACAUGAACUUGGAAGACGGGGAGCAAAUUGAAAAGGUUCUCCCGGUUACUAUUUACAAGCUUCCAGACACAUUGUCCGUCAGUUUGAAGAAUUGCUCAAGAACAAUAAAUGAGCGGGAAACCUGCUUGCUUCAGUGUUACAUUCAAAAUGUUGCUCCUGUUCUGUACCUUAAAGUCAUGUGGUACAGUCAACAGUUUCUUAUGACGAAUCACUCCUUUGAUGAAACCGCCAUCACACCAGUGAACAAAACCGUAAACCUCCUGAUCCAGCCCAGCAGAAAUGACGAUGGAGCCGAGUAUUGGUGUGAGGCAAAGCUGGAACUGCGCCCAGAAGGACUACAGCCUCAUCUUAGAAAGAAAUCGGAACGUCUCAGUAUUGCAGUACACUACAAGCCAGUGUUCGCUAAUGAUACAGAGCAGAAGAUCCUAGAAAUAGGAAAUGAAGAGAUCAUCUUAAACUGUACUGCCAGAGCAAACCCUCCUUCUGAGUACACCUGGAAUGUGACACCUGGAAUGGAUAAAAAUGAACUUGAUUUAUCGUCCCCGUCAUUGUCCGUUUCUCAGCCGGGAAACUACACUUGCACUGCGUCAAACCGUCAAGGCAUGGCAAAGAAACUGUUCAUCGUCACCAAACGUAAACAUCAUGACUGGACCACUUUCUGGAUUAUUUUGACAGUUGGAUUACUCCUAGCUGCUGUUCUGCUGAUUACAGGUUUAGUUUACCAAAAGAAAAAGUCUGUGAAUAACAGAAAGGGAGUUAGAGAGUCAGUUCCUUUGAAAUAAGUUACAGUUACAUUACUUUUGUCACUGGUGAUGUUGAUGCACUGUUAAACAUACUGAUGCUAAUUCUGAUACAGCAUUGCGUGGCAAAGAGAUCAACUUAUUUGUACAUUUUUUUAUGUGCUGUAAAUGCCAGAGCGGAGAUUGCCCAGGGUUUAGAAUUGUCAGAAGAGUAAAGCUGGGGUUAAUCUGUCUGUGUAGCCUUCACUCUCAUUUGCAUUCAGUUCUAUAUUUAAUCUUCCCCCUUUUUUGGUUUUUGUUCACAUUCCGAUUUUAAUACAUAAUUAAGCAAUAUCACGCGAGCAGGACGGCCGUUGUAGGGAAAAUCAGCACGGCUGUGAUUCGCAGUCAUGAAGCCGCAGUUUGCGACUGUGAAAUUGCUUUUAGACAAAGCAGGAAAUGAAUAAGAAGUUAACCGAAAUUUUAACACAAAAUAUGGCCAAUGAAAGUAUUUCCCAAAGAAGCCACAAGUGGAUAGAGUGUUGCCACGGUAACACACAAACUGACCGACAGCCCGUCGUACCUGUAGUAACGGUUGCGACGUAACGAACCAUGAACACGGACGAGCGGGGUUAGGCACGUACAUCUCUACAUCUUGGUUGAUGCAAUCUAGCGUUACGUUUCUGUAUUAUUUAGCACAAUGUGAAUAUACAGUGGGAAUAUGGGAUUAUAUACAGUAUGUUUAUAUACGUUUUGUUUUAUACGCAUUACCGCUGAUGGGCUGAAUUCACCAGGGAAAUGGCAGUAAAAGAAGGAAUCUCUAUGACCCUAUCUGGCAGACUGACACAAACCACGGUCGGUGAGAAGAUCCCAACGCUCACUGAUAAGUGACUCUGUGAAAACGAUUUGGACUCUUAAGCCACACUUAAAAACUUUGACUGCGUUAGAAAACAAGAUGUCAAACCAACGUGGCGUUGAAUUUAAAGAUCGAUAACUAGCACUAGCAUGCUUUUCGAGCAAAAAGAUAGGUGUUAUGUUUCUGAUUAUAAUAUAGCGGGUCGACGUGUCGGGUGUAGUUUUACCCAAAGCUUUCAUUUCAAGAGAUUUCAUUUUGAUAAGGGGGUCUCAAGUAGCAGGCAUGGUAUAUGUUUUGUUGUUUAUAUUUGAUUUUGUGUCAGAAACAAAUUCACUGAUGUGAAUAUGUUCAGUAGUCUUAAUAUUGGGAUAAAAAGAUAUCUGUAUGCCAUGUAUGUGUGCUUAAUAAAUAUUCUGUUUUGCUAA